UGGCCCCACUCUGCAGAGCAACAUCUCUCCAGUGGGCUGAGAGUGGCUGCUCUGCUCCGUCCCUCGCUCACCAAACGGAUAAUGCCGCCGCUCCGCCUUCUCCCGCUCCUCCUCCUCGCCGCCGCCGCCGCAGCACUCGACCCCCCGACCCCGACGCCGUGGCCGGAGCAGUUCCACGCGGUGGUAUUCACCAACCUCACGGGGAGCGGCGGCCGGCUGCAGCUGAUCGACCUCUAUUACGACUGGCCGCGGGGGCGCAACCUCAACCUCAUCCGCGGCCAGCUCUCCGGCGACCCGACCUACGACGUCGAGUGGACCAAUGGCACCUCCUACUUCUUCAACGCCACCUCCUGCCGCACCAAGCUGUUCCCCGUCGGCCUCCUGCCCCCCGACUGGCUCGCCGCCGGCGCCGUCUACCUCGGCCGCGAGACCGUCGCCGGCUUCGACUGCCACCUCUGGACCAAGGUCGACAUCGUCUGGUACUACGAGGACGUCGUCACCCACCGCCCCGUUCGCUGGAACUUCUUCAAUGGUAUGCAGCAGCAUGUGAUGAGCUUCGAGGUGGGUGGAGUUCUUGAGGACUCCAAAUGGCAGGCGCCGGCUCGCUGCUUCAGCGAUCAACACACCGUCAUCGCCGAUCCCGGUGCAGCCACCGUCACCGACGACAGGGUAGAAGGUGAGGAUGGCAAGCUCGAUGUGAUGAACGCCUUCUUCAGGUUUGUAGGAGCUCCAGCAGCAGCAGCAGCAGCUUCAGUAUGAGCAAGGCUUACUUUUCACUGAUGAGAAUGUCACCAUUGAUGACCUGCUCAAUCCACUCUGUUUCUUCCUGAAUCCUGUUGUCAUGUGUAAACAAACGUUUCUGAACUUCAGCAAUAUGAAAAUGUUGUGUGCUAAUAUGACAGAGAAUGUCAAGUUUGGUUCAA